CAGAAAGGGUUGGGAGCGGGGGAUAGCGAGGGAGGAGGAACGCGCAGGGGGGCAUUCGUUGGCGGCGGGUAUAGGUAUACGUUCGGCCCCUACGACGCGAGUGCGUAAGAUACUACGGGAGAGAACACCGAGACGGAGAAAGACGUCGCGGCGUUCGCGCGAAGGAGGGAGACAGCGAGGUAGCGGAGAGGAUAGAGGGAGAGAGAGAGAGAGAAAGAGGGAGAGGGAAGAAGAAAGAAGAAGAAGAGAGGAGGAGACCUCCACCUCGGACAUAUAUGCGGUGAGAAUUCGCGCCUCCUGUGUCAGUGCUUGACAGGCCGGCAAGCUUUUAAGAUCCAUCGGGGUUCUACAAGUCCGUCAUCUGUACCGUCGCUGCCCACACCAUCCUGCCACGAUCGUCCUCCUACAAUUGUUCUCCACGAUAAUCCGCCGAAUUUUCGUCAUCGGCGUCCUCGAACGAGGACCAAGUUUGCUGGCGCGAGAGAUUGGUACCUUCAGUAGUAGUAACCCCGUGGUGUCGGCCAAGUCAGAAUACCGGAAGUGGACGAGGAAGGAAGGACGAGGAAUCACGCGGUACGCAGCAAAGGAAGAAAGGACCCGGAUUGAUCCUGCCCGCGAAGGUCGAGGUAACCAGUUCGGAUUUGGCGCCAUGACGUCUGAAAUGCGUUUGAUUGGGAACAGGGUCUAUCACUGAAUAGUACGGGACGACGGCAGAUUGGCGCUAAAAGUUGAACAUCUCGAGGAUGCAGCCGGCCGCAUGAUUGUCCAGGACACUUCUCAUCCCGCCGAGACACUGAAGUGCCUUGUGAUUCUCUCUCGCAGUGAUUGGUGUGCGUGAGAACGGUUUUGGUGAACCCCAUAAAGUGGAGCGGACCGCUCGGAAAAGCAUACUGGCGAUUCUCUCUUUCUCUCUCUCCCCCCCCCUCUCUCUCUCUCUCUCUCUCUCUUUCUUUCCCUUUUUCUCGAUUUAAUCGCAUCUUCUUCUACGUUAUCGAGGAGACUACGAGCUUUCCACGGAAUUAGUAAAUUCGUGACGUAGGAAGGAAGAAAGCGAAACUGGAUCGUGCAGAUCGCGAUCGUGAUCGAGGCCGGUCGCCUAGUUCCGGCGGAGUACCGACUUCAGGACACGAUAAGGGGAUUACGCGGCUACUGGAAGUGGAGAACGUAUGGUUGCGUAAGUUGAGGAAGAAGCUGGCGCUGCGAGAUAAACGACGAAGAAAGAGACUUUCUUCGCGGAUGAAAGCGGAGCUACACGGAAAGAAGUAGAAGUAAUAGAAGGGCAGAGAAGAACAGGGAAGAAGAAAGAAAAGACUUUGUACAAUUGCGAGGGAGACCGUCCAACGAAAGAGGAGAAGUAAUAGGAACAGAAAGAAAAGAUAGUGUAGACAUUAUUAGGUAUCAACGAAGAACAAUUUUAUUAAGAGGAAUUAAGAGAAAUUCUAAGGUCUUCUCUCGAGGAAAGACAAGAAUUUGGCGGGAACGACGAUGCCAUUGAUCAUCUGAUCGUUCCUCUCGCGACGAAGGCCGAUCGUAGUGCUUGAUCAGACCAAGGGCGACCUUGAACAAGAUGGUCACGAGGGCGCUGCUACUACUCUCGCUGGUCCUCCUCGGUGCCUUUGACGCGCCUGGCAUCGAGAGAGCCCACGUCCGGCACUUGGCGAUGGCCGGUAACGCCUGCAACGCCUGCAGGAUGCACGAGGAGAUCCGCGCGCUUAGUUUGGAAGCUAUCAAGGAGCAGAUUCUAAAUAAACUCGGCCUGAAGCAGGCGCCGAAUAUGACGGGUCGGGCUUUGCCGAGAAUCCCGCCGAUCUCGAAGCUGAUGGACAUGUACGGGAUGCAGGGCGACCAGCCGCAGCCUGUCGAGCCUGGUAUCACGCAUCACGAGGAGAUCGACGAAUACGCCGCGAAAACGGAGAGUGUCUUCGCCUUGGCACAACCUCAUCAGAGGCUAAGGCAUUCGAAAGGCAGUUUGGACGUGUUGUACUUCAAAUUUUCCGAUAAGGUCGUUCAGCAUCGCGUUACCAGGGCAGAAUUGUCUCUGUGGAUAUGGGGCGUGAAUCAGGAAGCCGCGGAACUCGGCGAGCCGCUCGAUCUAGACAGUCAGGACUCCGGCCCGGUGACGAUCACGUUACAGAGGAUCCUUCGGGGCGCGACCGAGACAGGUGGGCCGCUGCUGGGUCCACCUCUGACCACGAAACACCCUCGACCGUUCAGCAGGCGGGGUGGCUGGAUCACGAUCGAGCUCAGACGAAUGGUGGCGGAGUGGUUCAAGCAUCCCAGAGAUAAUUUGGGAGUCGCCCUGAAGAUCACCGGGCCCGGCGGCAAUCAUCGCAGGAACUCCGUCCGACUGGUCGAGACCAAUCCCGGCGCGGAAAAUGCCCCGUAUCUCGAGGUACAGAUGCAGGAGCUCGAUUCGCGAAGGGGCUCAAGAAUCAAGAGGAACGUGGGACUCAACUGCGACGAGGCCAGCCAAGAGACCAGGUGUUGUCGGUAUAAGCUCACGGUGGACUUUGAGAAGUUCGGCUGGGAUUGGAUAAUCGCACCCAAAAAAUACGAUGCCAAUUACUGUUCGGGCGACUGUCCGAUGGCUUUCCUUCCAGCCUAUCCGAACACGCAUAUCGUCAGCCUGGCGGAACCGCCGAACAAUACCGGGCCGUGCUGCGCACCUAGGAAGCUGUCCGAAAUCACAAUGUUGUAUUUUGACAACGAGUACCAGAUCGUGUUCUCGCGGUUGCCGGGCAUGGUCGUCGAGAAAUGCGGGUGCUCAUAGUCCACCUUCGUUUCUGGCAGGACGAAAGCGACAUGGACGACGUUGAGAGUUCCGCACGGGUACCGCGACGCUCUCCCUCCGAUCAAUCUCGAUGAUCAUCGUCAUUGUCCUCGUCAAUCGUUGUCGUCGUCGUCGUUGUCGAUUGUCGUCGCCGUGUUCUCGGCGAUUUCUCAUCCGAUAGACUGAAAGUGCCUUGUUCGGAGAGUGAUUGCGUGAUGCGGAUCUCUUUGGAGCGCGAAGGAAGAAAUACUAAGUGCGCGGGUGGGCGGUGUGAUUGGUGAUUCGCGAGAGUCCCCUCGAAGACUGUGCUGGAUGCCAAGGGAAGUCCAAAGAGGGACUCGCGCCGUGUCAGCGGGAGACACCUCGACCGGUGGUCCAUGGUCCAUGGCAAGGCGGAUAGUUCCUAGAGUCACGGUAUUAUUUUUAAGACGCCGAUACGUUUGCACUAGAUCCACGAUCCUGAUUUUACGAAAUUUCUCCAAACGCAAAUUUCUGGUAAACCAAGUAGAAGUAUUUAUAACUUGUAGUUAUUGCACAAGCGUUAUAUUUGCAGAACUUUAACAUGGUUUUGUCAACAGGCAGCGUAAAACUUUGUUGAAAUUUUCAUUACUGCGCCGCGGCUCGCGAGACUAGAUAGAUUGCGAAAUGAUACAAUGCGCGGCCACUUGGCGUGCCUAAUUGUGUUCACGAAAUGCGUAAUUCUUGCUUCUUCCAUUUCUUUAUAUCGUGUGAGUAAAAUGCAUAAAAAAUGCGACGUCAAACAGAGGUCGUCGAUGAUCGGUGGAAACGUGUUGGCCAACAGAUCUCGGUGUACAGUAAAAUCGUUGUUUUUUUUUCUAAUGGUUUUUUUUCUUUCUCCCUCGUCUUUCUACAAUAUAUUAUAUAUAGAAACGUUUCUGUCACUAUGAUCGUUUUUUUUUUUUUUUAGCGAAUUGUGCGAGUGCGUGUGCGAGAGAGCGUGUCGAAUUAUGUAAAUAAAUCGUAACAGGCAAGAAUGUGGCGUUGCUUCGCUGACACUCCCACGUGUAUGGGAGGAUCCGAUGAGGAUGUUACUCGGAUAUACUGGCGGACAACCUCAGCCCUCUUAGUUCUUUUUUUUUUUUUAUUAACGCGACUACGACUCUAAGUAAGUUGUAAUUACACGGCGCCAAUAUCCGAUUAAUCGCGCUCGGAACUUUUUUAUAUCGCGGCAAUUAAAAAAUUCAUAUCCACGUCCCCGUCAUUUGUCACGGACGUAGAACGAGUGUCGAGCGUUCAUUACUAGAUAAAUAAACAAUUAUAUUCGCGCGAUAACGAAUGCGCGACGCGCGCGCCUGAUUUUCGUAGCUUUCUUCGUAACUUACGGUAUUAAUAGCUGCAUUUUAGCGCGUCGGGUCUGACGCACUCGUCCAAGAAGGGACGACGACUUUUUUUUGGAAUGUGUCCCUUCUUAUUCCACGCGUUGUACAAUCUAAAAGAGAGAUUGACAAGUGUUUUUUUUUUUAGACAAAAUUUUUCUAGGAGUACCUCGACAAGCGCUCUUAUUAGUUUUUAUAGACUCAUUAGGAUCCGUCCCUGAUCCUCGAGCAUAAUCCCUAUUAAUUAUCACGGUGACAGAGAGGAUCAGUGCCGCAAUUAUGUAUAGACGUAUCCCCUUGACGCUUGAACGAUUCCAGUUAUGUGUAGCCAAUUGAAACCAAUAUAAUUUCGAUGAAUUCCGACCUCCGCAUUCAAUCGAUGAAAAAGGUGCGUUUAACAAAUAAGGUACGAUUUCUCUGAACUCAUGUAACAUCGAGAAUUGAACUCGUCGAGAUUCUACCGGUUUCAAUCCCUCGUUGUAUAGCGAUCUUCAAAAUCCGGGAACGUACUUGAAACUUCUCGUGCUGUCAGAGCUAACACUUAACUCCACGUUUUCCCCUCGGCUUCGAGUCAAGUGCACUGUAGCUACAUUUUGUAAAAUAGUAUACGAUAUACGAUGGACUUGCGUGCACCGUCCCUGAACUUCAUGUGAUUGUAAAGGAAAAAAAACUUUACACACGCAUACAGAAACACACACACACACACACACACACACACACACACACACACACAUACACACAUGCACACACAGGCACACGAGUUUAUAAAGAAAACUUUGCGAUUUUUAUAAAGCGAUCAUUUAGAACGUAAGAAAAAGCUCCUUGAAAAAUCGAUUCUUUUAUAAUUCAGCCUCCUCCCCUCCCGUCAAGCUGUCCUUGUCUUUCUAUUUUUUUCCGGUCAUUCUUUUUUUUCUCCUUCAUAUCUAUUACACCUCCCAUUCUCAGUUUGUUUGUCUCAAUGUAUCAAUUAUUAAAAAGAUAAUGGAUUUGCUUACUCCCCCGCUCCCCAAAUAGCGAACGAGGACGGCAGAAAAAUGCAUACUUAUAUGUAUAAUGUGUACUUCCUAGGUAGGCACACAGUAUAGAUAGAAAAAUAUUUAUUCCAUGAAAUAAAUGGUUUUUCGAUGAG